AAGACGAAGAAGACGCCACCUUCAGUUACUUGCAGUGUUCCUUUAGUUGCAAGCUUUAAUUUGUGAAAAAUUUACCAUAUAGCGUCAAGAAUUUUUUUACCUAGUGAGGGAAUUUAAUCUUAUAAUCAUAUCACUUUUUAGUAAACCAUACUCGCUAUUGCGAGGACGACCUUCGCCUGUUCAGACUGACAGACGGGCUAAAAAGCUAAGAUAGCUCCGGAAAAGAAUGGAUCUAUUUGACGAUCUACCAGAGCCCACUCAGACCGGACCUGGCUCGGCCGCCGUUGCAGUCUCGCCUAGAUCGGCCAAAAACAUCAACGAGGAGGAGAAGAGCACCAAACGAAAACGACAGGAUGAAGAAUGUGAUGUGCCUUCAAAAGCAGAAGAAGAGGAGGUCAAGAAAGUUUGUAGAGAAGGUCUCCCAAUGCUGCGAGGCUUCGUGGCCGCGAGGCGUGGCGAGCGUGAAGAAAUGCAGGAUGCUCACGUUCUACUUCCCGACAUGAGCAGCUGUUUAUCGCCGCUGCCAGCGCAAAUUUCUGGGGCGUCUUACUUUGCCGUUUUCGAUGGCCAUGGUGGCACUCGGGCGUCACGAUUUGCAGCCGAACAUCUUCACCACAUUUUGGCAAAAAACUUUCCCCGAGUUGAGAGUGAGAACCUGGACAAGCUGAUUAAAAAAUGCCUGGUGGACACUUUCCGUCAGACGGACGAGGACUUUCUGAAGAAAGCAUCCAGCCAAAAACCGGCAUGGAAAGAUGGUUCCACGGCAACCUGCAUGCUAGUGCUGGAUGACGUGGUCUACGUGGCCAACCUGGGAGACAGCAAGGCGGUGAUGUGUCGCAUGGAAGAGGAGGAGGGAGAAGCCCCCGAGGGGCGGCAGAGGCGGCCGACCACGCUGGCGCUCAGUCGAGAACACAACCCCAUUAUCUACGAGGAGAGGAUGAGGAUCCAGAGAGCCGGAGGAACCGUCAGGGAGGGGCGUGUGCUUGGCGUCCUGGAGGUGUCGCGCUCCAUCGGAGACGGUCAGUACAAGCGAUGCGGCGUCAUUUCCACCCCAGAUCUCAGGAGGUGUCAGCUGACGGCCAAUGACAGGUUCAUCAUCCUGGCCUGUGACGGCUUGUUCAAAGUGUUUUCCGCUGAUGAAGCUGUCAGAUUUGUCCUUGAUGUCCUUCAGGACAGUAAGUUGACAGACAAGGAGGAGCAAUAUGAAGCGGCCUGCCAACAGCUGGCCAGCGAGGCGGUGCGACGGGGCUGCGCUGAUAAUGUCACCGUCAUCUUGGUUUCUAUUGAUUUCUGAUGCAUCCAUUGACUUUGUUUUUCAAUAAAAUACUUGACUUCUUCUGUCAAUGUU